AGGUACCCGACCUCACCUUGCCUGCCUGAAUACCUUGCCUUGCCAUGGAGUUCCAUAGCGACGGAUGCAAGCUGCCGACACCUAUUACCUUAUUACUUGCCUUACAUUAGCUGCUUACUUUACUUUACACCAGAGCUGCAGAGGUAAAGGACGACGACUGCAAGAUUCUGCCGGGUGUUGCCUCAGCACUUACGCACUUACGUACCCGUCACUGAUUACCUCAACCUUGGCGACCUUAUCCAUCACCUUCCUUUCCCUCGGGUUCACGCUUCGCCUCAGCACACACACACACACAUCCGCGCGACAUACCCACCUCACCGAGACGACCCUCCCCAAACACCUACCCAACGACCUUCAACUCCGCCAACCCAGGCUCCAAGAAAGUCCAACCUACACGACCCGGCCAACAUUCGAGCGCCUUUCACUCCGCCGUACACGAAUACUCUCAUACCACUCAACAUUGCAAUCCAUCGCAUUGCAUUCGCGCAGCCCAACGACAACUGGAACCUCGUCUGACGCAGUCCACCGCUCUGCCCGCUCCAGGCAUCUUCUUGCCACAAGCGCAACCCCCCAAUAUAUUGAAAUCACUCGAAACAAGACAGCUUCUUGAUCCCGCCCGUCACUACACAGCAUCCGCAGCGGCUCACAGCUUCUAACCAACAUGUUUCGAGCUGCCGCAGCUGGUCCCUUUGACGAGGGCGUCGGUACGUGUGCAACCUUUGGAAAUCAAACGAGUAUCGCUCGCCCAA